AUGGAAGAAAUCUAUGCAAAUAUUGAAUAUGACAAUCAUGUUGACUCCAAACCAUCACAAAAUCAGACAGGUCCUAGGAGCUCAGAGAGGAGAUUUCAUGGAGCUGUUGUUCUCUGUCUGGGGCUGCUGAGUGUUUUCCUGCUGGCUGGGCUCAUCGGCCUCUGUGUUUACCACCGUGACUCAGUACGUGAUUCAUCUGCAGAACUCUCCACUGUCAAAGCCAACCUGAUGAAGCGUCUCCAGAACAGUGAAAACAAGCUGUCCUCCGUGACUGAAGAGAGAGACCGGCUGAAUGCCAGCCUCAGUAACACGACUAAAGAGUUAGACAGGUUUCAGAGUUUGUCCAAACAGAAGAAAACUUGUCCUACAGGAUGGAGGAUGUUCAGUUGUACCUGUUAUCUCCUCUCCACUAAGUCUGAAACUUGGGGAAAAGGCAGAGAAGACUGCAAAGGCCGUGGAGCAGAUCUGGUGGUGAUAAACAGUUAUGAAGAACAGGAAUUCCUCACUAAAGUCAUCAAUCAAGACACUUGGAUUGGUUUGAAUGACAAAGAAAAUGAGGGCACCUGGAAAUGGACUGAUGGAACUCCGCUGACUCUGUCGUACUGGUUCACACGGCAGCCUGAUAAUGGUGCUGGAGAUCCACGCUGGGGUGAAGAGGACUGUGCACAUAUCCAGGCUAGCACAAAAACUGGAGGAAACUGGAACGAUCUGCGGUGUGAUGACUCUCUGAAAUGGAUCUGUGAAAGAUUUGCUUAGAAUUUAAUGAGUUUUGAUAUGAUACAUUUAAAAGUACUUUAACAAUUAUUCAAAAGUCCUUUAAUAGUGUAAUUGUUUUUCUCAAGAUCUCAGUAUUUUUUCCCAAAAUAUACUGUACUUUUUGCUGAGAAAAUUAACCCCAGGCUUGUCCUGAUGACUACCAUAUGCAGUGAAACAAAGCUCCCUAAAACUUAUCAGGACAGUUGUAGCUAACAUGCUACUGAAUAUCUGAAAUGUACUUAACAGGAUAAUAAAUCUGACUUAAGCACUUUCCUCUAAUUGCUCGCAGGAGCUCGGAGUGAACUGCUUUUAUUAAAUUAGCUUUUUACUUUAGUUUUUGGGAUUACAAUGUUGAUUUAUCUUCA